GAAAGUGAAAGUAAGUCGACCGAGUGGAAAAAACCGAAGUCGUUAGUCAAAUAUUUCCUCCCAGACGGGCGACACGGCUACUUCAUAGAGGAGCGUGUGCGGAUUCACUAUUGGGUCACUGGGACCAUGACUGAGUCUAUCAUCUUCUUUUAAAUGAGUCAUAUCCAAGUGCACCCAGGUGAAUGAACAUGGCCUCCGUUGGUAUCCUCUUCUUGUUUUUCAUCGUUAUCAGAGCACAAAGUGAAGGAAAAGCUUUUGUAGAAGUGGAAUGCAAGACUGGAAACGUGGGACAGUAUGGCCAGCAGUCAAUGCUGGACUGUGUUGUCACAACCGCAGAAGAAGUAAAAGACCCAAAAAUCCUGGCGGUCACUUGGAAGAAAAAGGGAUCUGAGGAUAACUCAGAUAAAACCUUACUGGUUUUUCACAAAGGGAAAACUACAUUGCAGCCUGGCUAUAGGUUUGCUGAAUCAUCCUGGAACAACAGGAAUAUGAACAUAUCCCUGCUCAUCACCAACACUAUGAUGGUGGACAGAGGAGAUUAUACAUGCUCGGUGUUUACAGACAGCGGUGAUGAUAUCACAGAGACCAGCCUCGGAGUCACAGCCAAAUACAACAAACCAACAAUACGCUCGAUCCCUGAGAAGAUUACUGGAAGAGAAGAUGUCACCUUGAUCUGUAGCUCUGUUGGUGGAUACCCAAAAGGUGAACUUCGCUGGUUUGAUGAGCACAACAAGGAUUGGCCAGCAAGCAGUAAAAUGGAGGCAGAGCUGACAAACGAUGGUCUGUUUAAACUGUCUAGCAAGCUGUCUUUGCUGAAAAAUUCCAUUUUCUCCAAGUACACCUGCGUAGUGUUCAACUCCAGUGGCGGCAAAGAGGAUGAGGUCACAUUGGAAAUGCCAGACACAGCAACAUCUGAAGGUAUUUGUUGUUGAACACCACACUUGAUAUC